AUGGCCAUUUACAAAUUACGCAUCUUCGUCAUCGCGGCUGCGGUGGCCACGAGUAUCCUGCUGUUAUUCGGCGCAUACACCCAAGGAGUAACACCAAACAAUGUCGGACACAUGGCCAAAAACAUCGUUUCUCACGUCCCUGGCACUGGCAGCUCUGACACGCGGAAACUGGCUUACAUGACUCUUCUCACGGCAACAAUGAACGCCCCCGAAGACCCAGCCCAAGACCACUAUUUCAUGGCCACCAGAAUCCUCGGAUACCAACUCCUGCACCAACCUUCGACAAAAACACAAAAGAAGAUUCCUUUCGUGGUGCUGGUUACCAAGGACGUCAAGCAAGAUCGUCGAGACCUUCUCACCGGCGAUGGCGCCACAGUCCUGCAAGUCGAGAAUGUAGACGUCGACACCACUUGGAUCGUCGGGGAGAUGCCUCAAUGGAAAGACCUAAUGACGAAACUGCGCGCCUGGGAACUCGUGAAAUACGACCUCGUCGCUUUCCUAGAUGGGGAUUUCAUCCUUAACAGAUGCAUGGAUGGCAUUUUCGACGACCCCGCAGCCACCACUCCCGCAACUCUGGUCAUAUCAAAUGGAUCACCUGCCGAUGAGGGAGCUCUGCCAGAAACCUAUGUUCUUGCCACAGUGGCAGAAGCAAAUCCUAUCCACAACUAUCCUCCUCUGGCUGGACAGGGCGAUUACAAAGAUCCGAAUUACUUCAAUGCUGGAUUCUUCGUCUUCAGACCUGAUUUGACACUGUUCAACCACUUCAAGACAAUCUUGUCAUUACCCCACCGUUUCGACCCCAAAUACAUGGAGCAAAACCUCUUGAACUACGCCUUCAGGAGAGGAGCUCAGAUGCCCUGGAUUGAGAUGGAUGGAAGCUGGCACAUCAGAUUCCCUAACGUCAGAGACAAAGAAGCUGGUGUGGCCUCAAUGCAUGAUAAGUGGUGGAGUGCCCACAUGGAUAAGAAUUUGCAGCCGUUCUAUGACUCUGUACGAUGGAGAAUGGAGGGCUACUAUGAGGUUUCAGAGGUUAGAAAGGAGUUGACGAAGGAGUAA